AUGCAUUUCAUAGCUAUUCUCGGGCUUUUCUCUGCCAUCAGCGCCGCUGGCUCUGCCACAGUGGGCUUCGAACCUACGGACCAAGUUCCCCUUCUUGGCCCGUCUUUCCUAUCCAACUUCGAUCCCACGAACACCGACGCAAUCCGCAACGCGACCGAAGCUUUUCCUUGCGUGAUUGAUGCACUAUUCGAAAAUGGUGUUCUCAACAAGACCGACCUAACCUUUGCCAUCGACGUUUUCUCCGCUGCUACUAACAAGUCCGUAUACAAUUACUACCACGUAGGGGAGGGCCAGAACAAAACGCUCACAGCUGGAGUUCUCAAUGACAAGACGAUCUCCCGAAUUGGCAGCGUUUCAAAGCUCUUUACCGUCUACGCGAUCAUUGCCAAGGCAGGCAUCGAUGUCUUUAGCCACCCCGUCACGAGAUAUAUCCCUGAACUCGCGCGGAACUCAUCAGGCGAUUCGCUUGAGCAUAUUAACUGGGAUGAUAUCACGGUCGGAGCACUUGCAUCCCACCAAGCUGGCUCUGGAGGACCAACAGAGCUCAUCAUAUGGUUGGUAUUAUCAGGGGAGGCACAACCAGAAGAUUUGAUAAACAUCACACCUGAGCAACUCUUCAAGUAUAUGCGCGAUGUCAAACACCCCGUGACUUCUCCUUUCCAAGGUGCUAUAUAUUCUGAUGCUGGGUUCCUCGUUCUUGGACAAAUUCUUGCGCGCAUAUCGGGUCAGCAAUACAAAGACGCCGUUCGAGAUAUUCUCUUCGAACCCUUGGCACUGGACGGCAUGUCGGCAACUAUGCCGAACGGGUCCGACAUUAACGCGAUUGACCGAAGGCCAGUCGAUCCAGACACAACAUUUGAUGAUGACACUGCAGUCCUUACGCCGUCUGGUGGCUUAUUCGCGAACGGUGCGGAUCUUCGAGCGGCUGGUCUUUCGAUACUAAACUCCGAGCUCCUCUCGCCGUCCGUAACCCGGCAGUGGAUGAAGCCACUCGCUGGCACAGGAUCUUUGGUAGAGCUUGUCGGCGCACCUUGGGAAAUCCACCGCCUGGCAGUCCCUACUACGCCUGGGUCAAGUCGUACUCGCAUCUCCGACCUCUACACUAAGUCAGGCGGCAAUGUGGACUACACAUGUAUCUUUGGCCUAUCUCCGGAUCACGGUCUCGGGUUCUCCAUCCUAGUCGGUGGUUCCACCGCAAGUUCUGCUCGAUGGGAAAUCCGUAACGCGCUCGGCGAGCUAUUCAUUCCUGCAGCCGAAGCGGCGGCCGCCGAUAAUGCCCAGAAUAAUCUGGCAGGCACAUUCAUCGACCAAACAACCCCUGGGACCAACCUCACGCUCAGCGUUGAUGACGACCUCCCAGGACUAGGCCUCAAGGCUUUCUAUAUUGGAGGCGUUGAAAGCUUCCAGAACCUGACGGGUACUACUAAAAAAGCCUCUCUACGCCUAUUUCCCACUGGUCUCACCUCGCACCCACAAUCGCUGGCGUCCCUGUAUAAGGCUGACGGCACCAUCAAAGUGGCACAUCGCACGAUCAAAGGUUUUAUCCCGCUGAAACCUCGCGCAAAAUCCGAAGGUGGCAAGGGCGGUCUCUUUGACAACCAGCAAGUGUGGCAGAACAUCGAUUUUACCGACAGAUUCGAUGAGUUCAUCUUUACCCUCGACCAGGGGAAACUGAUCAGUGUGGAGAGCACUGGUGCCAAUAAAACGUUCACGCGGGUAGAGUAG